AUGGGCAAUGAGUACUCUUCAAAUUUCUAUUCAUCUCUCUCUCUCUCUCUCUCUCUCUCUCUCUCUCUCGUUAAGUCUAAUCAUAUCUAUCUAUCUAUCUAUCUAUCUAUCUAUCUAUCUAUCUAUCUAUCUAUCUAUCUAACCUACUUAUCUGUCUAUCUGUUCAUAUCUCUCUCUUUCACGACCUAUCUAUCUAUCUAUCUAUCUAUCUAUCUAUCUAUCUAUCUAAACAGUCUCUUCCUACUUAUCUGUCUAUCUGUUCAUAUCUCUCUUUCACAAUCUAUCUAUCUAUCUAUCUAUCUAUCUAUCUAUCUAUCUAUCUAUCUAUCUAUCUAUCUAACCUACUUAUCUGUCUAUCUGUUCAUAUCUCUCUUUCGAUAUCUAUCUAUCUAUCUAUCUAUCUAUCUAUCUAUCUAUCUAUCUAUCUAUCUAUCUAUCUAUCUAAACAGUCUCUUCCUACUUAUCUGUCUAUCUGUUCAUAUCUCUCUCUUUCACAAUCUAUCUAUCUAUCUAUCUAUCUAUCUAAACAGUCUCUUCCUACUUAUCUGUCUAUCUGUUCAUAUCUCUCUCUUUCACAAUCUAUCUAUCUAUCUAUCUAUCUAUCUAUCUAUCUAUCUAUCUAUCUAUCUAAACAGUCUCUUCCUACUUAUCUGUCUAUCUGUUCAUAUCUCUCUCUUUCACGAUCUAUCUAUCUAUCUAUCUAUCUAUCUAUCUAUCUAUCUAUCUAUCUAUCUAACAGAGCCUCUUCCUACUUAUCUCUCUAUCUGUUCGUAUUUCUCUCUUUCGAUCUAUCUAUCUAUCUAUCUAUCUAUCUAUCUAUCUAUCUAUCUAUCUAUCUAUCUAUCUAUCUUCUCUGUCUGUCUGUCUGUCUUUCUAUCUAUCUAUCUAUCUAUCUAUCUAUCUAUCUUCUCUGUCUGUCUAUCUAUCUAUAUAUCUAUCUAUCUAUCUAUCUAUCUAACAGAGCCUCUUCCUACUUAUCUCUCUAUCUGUUCGUAUUUCUCUCUUUCACGAUCUAUCUAUCUAUCUAUCUAUCUAUCACAGUCUCUUCCUACUUAUCUGUCUAUCUAUCUGUUCAUCUCUCUCUCUCUCUCUCUCUCUCCCUCUCUCACGAUAUAUCUAUCAUAUUUUUAA